AAUCUAGCUGUAAUUCUGUUUUUUUUUCUUCUUUUCGGCUUAGCUACUUGCUGCUUGUUGCCGCUGCCGCUGCGGAGGAACUGUGGAACGGAACACGACGGUAGUACGACGGACGGACGACGACGACGGUGGACGGUAGCCUCGCAAGCAGUCAGCAUUGCAGUGUACAGUAAGUGAAAGAACGCCGCCAAGAACGAACGUAUCUCUCCUGUCUGAGCCGGUUGAGUUGUCCGCGUGUUGAAAACCGAGUGUACAGCGCAGAGCAAGGCUUAAGCCAGCUUACCUUCCCAUACCUCCCUGGUACAGGUUCUGUGUACCGUGACAGGGGGAACCGCGAGAGAGAGAGUUCGGAAGUUCCGGUCGUAGGAGGAACAGUUACUUCCGGAAGCUUCAAGUGCAAACAACUCGGUAGCUCCUAGUGCUGGAGUUGCCUACUCUUCUGAACCGCGUGUGUGUGUGUGGAUUGAUCGUGAUCUACUCAAGGAAAAAUCAUGUGAAUAAGAUUAUGGCUUUCGAGCCCCGAUUCCCAAGAAAUACUACUCAAAGUGCAAUAUUUUCUAAGAUAGUAGGAUUAAGAAGCAUCGUUACAAGUUAAGUGAAACAGCGGCUGACUACUAGAUCUCUCGAGUUAAGUGAAGUGAAUGAGCUGGAUGAGAAAAUUGGCUCGAAAAGAAAAGCAUCAAAGAAGGCCUGUAAACAAAUCGAAGUGUUAUGGAUGAAUUUGUGGAUUACUGCGAUUGUGAGAUAACAAAAUAAUAAUAAAAAAUUGAGGAGCGAAAGGGCUCAACAGUGUGUGAUUAUGACAAGUGACAGCUGACAGCAUUGAAACGAGCAAGAAAUAUAACAUAUUGUGCUGGCAAAACAAAAAACAACAGUGACAACUUUGGAUUUGGAUUACAAGCAGUUGCAGUUGGAUUGAUUUCCGGUGGUUGUUUUUGAGAAGAGCAGCGUAGAAAAGUUGAAGCCGCCGCCACCAUGCCGAAGAUUAGCUUGAUCAAGCAUCGGAUCCAUCAGGAGCAGUUGCGGCUGCUCGAGUCGCAGAAGAAUUCCAACUUUGCGGAGAGUGGCUUCGGGAACGAACCGCUGUCGCUGGUUUCGCGCAAGAAGGAUAGCAAAGAAGGAGCAGAUCGCGACAUCUUCAGCGAGGAGAACCGUCUGAGCCCACCAUGCCGGGAAACGUCAUCCUCACCAUCGUCGUCGAUCUUCAGCUCGGUCGUCCAGGCCGCACAGAACCUGUCAGUCAACAACCGGAGCAGUCCUGGCUCCCCAUCAGGGGUCUCCCUCUUCCUUCAGCGCAGCUUCGCCAAAGAAUCACAACAGCAACAGCAGCAGCAGCAGCAAUCGGAACCGACGACAGCAACGACGCCGGUACGUCGUUUCUUCUCGUCGAUCACCGGAGGCGAUGUUCCAUAUGGCGGCAGCCGCGGGCACGUGUUGACACAAGCCGAACGGAAAGUGUACCCUCCCACUCGGCCAAUUACUCCUCAACCGCCGCCGAUAGAGAAGAAAGAUCCUCCCAGCAAUCAGUCACAGCCGGUGGUCCGGGAAGAACGCAAUGUGAUCACGGAGGAGCGUCCGGUGGUGUCGGUGGAGCCACGAUCACCUCCCCCGAAGGACCGAGUUCCGACGCCUCCACCGGCACCAGGUCCAGUGGUGCGAUGUUCCGUCAUCCAGAGAGUUCCCGCAGUAGCCGCACAGUCACCUCGAAGAACCACAGUUUCAAGCCCUGAAAGCAGUCCCAAGGCUGUGGAUCUGAAAGUGCGAGCACCGGAGCUGGAACCGGAACAGGAACAGCCCAUUGAUUAUCACAUACCAAAACGAUGCGAGGACGGCAAGGAGAACAAAAAAGAGGACGAAGAAAAGGAGAAGAUGAUCCGAGAGGCCAGGAGGGAAGCUAUCCUACGGAAGCACCUGCUGUCAAUGCGCUACCGGUACGGCAAGCUGAAUGGAAUCAUGCAGGCUGCAGCCGGUCAUGGCCGUUCGUCGAGCGGUGGAGGACAAGCCGGAGGUGGUCACACUGGACACAGCGGCGGUGGAAGUAUCAGCUUCUCGUCGGGAUCCGGAGGAAUUGGCGGAGCCAGUGGAGGCACUGGUGGUGCAAUCGGUGGAGGAGGAGCCGGAGGUGGUAUGGGAGGACGCGAUGGGCGAUCCAACUAUGGACCGAACAGUCCGCCGACCGGAUCGCUUCCACCUUUCUACGAAAGUCUGAAAGGAGGCAACGCCGGUCUGAACGGAUACAACGCCAACGGAGGAUUCUUGAACACCAACUGGAACAACUUGGACUGCGACACGACACAGGAUCUCACCAAUAUCGGAGCCUACACGGAUGCUAACGGGAACAGCAGUAACCCGUCCAAACAAUACUCAAUGCUUCAGAAUGCCUACGGAAUCGCCCUGAAAGACGAAGCCGAUCUGGACUACGACUCCAAGAUGGACUCCUUUUCCAACCUAUACGGAAAUUACGACGUCAACGAUUCCAUGAUGGCCGAAAUGAACGGCGUCGGGGUCGAUCCGCUACAUCUCACCGCGACACUGACCUUCUCCUCGCCGGGAGAUAGCGCCCUGCUGGACAGCUUUACCGAUGCCGUCGACCUGAGCCACUUCCUGAACCGACUCCCGUCGGACGAACAGUCCAGUAGCUGCAAUGACCUGGAACUAACCUCAACGCCUUCUCUAACCCCUGAUUCCGUGUCAACGUCCCUGCAGCAAGUGGACCAUCACGAUGGUCUCGAUCAGUACCCGGAACACCUGCUCCUCUCCCGCAACUACAACACCAACUUCAACAACAACACCCCCAAAUAUAUGCAACCCCACCAUCAGCAAAACAACCAUCAGGAGAAUCCCCCAAGCUACCAAUCCUCCCAUCAGUUCCAUUCCCUCAGCAACUUUGACCUCGACUCCCACAGUAACCUAUCCCUCCCGUCACCCAACAGCCAUUCCCUCCAAUCCCCAUCCUCCUCCUCAUCCCCUCCAUCCUCUUCGUCGUCUUCGGCUGCAGCUGCAGCAGCGGCCGCAGCCGCCGCCGCUGGCCUUUCAGGACACGGCCCACACUCUGUCGUGGCUCUCGGUGCGGCCUCACCCGUCAUCGCACCACCACCGCCGCACGUCGUCGCAUCAACCAUCCAAAAUCUCGGCCUGCCGGCAGAAGUGCAGCUGGAAUUCGUCAACGGUGGCCACGGUAUCAAGAAUCCGCUGGCCGUCGAGAACAUCCCCGGCCGGCUGCGGGACGAAGACAAACACCAUACCAAAUUGCUGCACCAAACGGAAGUGCUCAAGGUGCAGGACGAGUGCAGUGGCGCCACCGGCGGUGAGCAGAACAAGUUCGUCUGCCGGAUAUGCCAGAAAUCGUUUACCCUGCAGCGGCUGCUGAAUCGGCACAUGAAGUGCCACUCCGACGUCAAGCGCUACCUGUGCACCUUCUGCGGCAAGGGAUUCAACGAUACGUUCGACCUGAAGCGGCACACCCGGACGCACACCGGCGUCCGGCCGUACAAGUGCAAUCUGUGCGAGAAGUCGUUCACCCAGCGGUGCUCGCUGGAGUCGCACUGCCUGAAGGUGCACGGCGUCCAGCACCAGUAUGCGUACAAGGAGCGGCGCACGAAGAUGUACGUGUGCGAGGAGUGCGGCCACACGACCAACGAACCGGAGGUGCACUACCUGCACCUGAAAGAGAAGCACCCCUACUCGCCGGCCCUGCUCAAGUUCUACGACAAGCGCCACUUCAAGUUUACCAAUUCGCAGUUUGCAAACAACCUGCUCGGCUCGUUCCCGAUGCCGGUGCAGAACUAGAGCUGUUGUCGCGAGUCCCCCGCAGAGUUCCCGAUACUAGAGAGAGAAGCAAAAAGACAGCACGUUGGAAGUUGGUGACGGAGAAGAAGAUGAAGAAGAUCAAGAAGGAGUUGGUGGAAAAUGAAGAAGAAGAAGAAGAUGCAGGCGAUUUUCCGACCCCUUGUUGAGUAAGUAGACGCUCCGCGCUUGUCCAUUAUCCUUGUGCUGCGAGUAGUUGUAGUAGUGGUAAUAAAAGUAGUAGUAGUAGUAGUUAUUUAGGAGCUGUUAGUUAAGAGUGCGCGUAUUAUGCGAAAGGAUAAUGAAUCGACAAACAACAACAACAACAACAAAAGAAAACACUAACAAUUAUUUAUUUGCUGCAAUAUUAUUUUAUACUACUUACUAAUAUCGAUCGUAGGACGAGUAAGGUUAGGUUUAAGGUUUAUCAGUGCAAGGCAGGAAGAUGGGGGACGAGGAAAGUCGCCAGUUAAGGCUUUUUAGUGUAAUUUAUUUUUUUAAACAAGUUUCUUUUGUUUCUCGAUCGGAGAGCAUGUAGAGCAUGUAGAGCAGAAAGUGCGCGAGAUAAUUGAUGAUUUAGGAGAACAGGGGAACGGAGGUGCCGGCUGGGUCAGCAUCUUGAUUGUUUUGUUUUUUCCCCCACUAGGAUUGUAAUUUUUUUUUUCGGAGGGCUCCUAGCCGGUGCUCAGAUUUAGGAUUUUACCUUUGUUGAAAGAGAGGAAAUACAGAAGGUCCCAGAGGAAGUGGGACAAUUUUUUACACCCUUGGCUUUAGUUUGUUGAAACAAGCAAAUUGGGGUCACGCAAAAGCAACACUUUGGUGGCAGAAGCAUAAGCUCACACUUUUAUAUCCGAAGAAACUCAAAACAUAACAAAGCACAGAAGAUGAAAAUACAAGAAUACAAAAGUCUGAAUAGAUGUUAACGAAAAAUCAAGUUGAGAAAAG